GAGUCAGGGCCCGGAGGCGGGGCCGCGCGGGCAGCUGAGCUCGCCCUUGGCUCCUUAAUCCCCCUCGCGGGCCCCUCAACCUGGAGCAUCUGCGUUGCUGGAGCUUCUCCGAGCGUUGGGCUCUUCUCUUCUCGGACCGCAUCGUAGGAAUGUCCUAACUGCGGGAUUGUCAGUGGGUUCGCCCCGAGGAGAGCUGACUGCCCUGGGCUGCUGCUGACCUCCGGCAGAGCUGAGCCAAAAUGUCCCCGGAAUCUAAAAAGCUUUUCAACAUCAUUAUUUUAGGAGUUGCCUUUAUGUUUAUGUUCACCGCCUUUCAAACUUGUGGAAAUGUGGCGCAAACUGUCAUCAGGAGUCUAAAUAGCACAGAUUUUCACGGCAGUGGAUAUACCAGCAUGGCAAUUAUUUAUGGAGUAUUCUCUGCUUCAAAUUUGAUUACGCCGUCAGUGGUUGCCAUUGUAGGACCUCAACUGUCUAUGUUUGCCAGUGGUUUAUUUUACAGCAUGUACAUUGCCGUUUUUAUCCAGCCUUUCCCAUGGUCCUUCUACACAGCCUCUGUUUUCAUUGGCAUUGCAGCUGCUGUGCUUUGGACAGCACAGGGAAACUGCUUGACAAUAAAUUCAGAUGAGCACACGAUUGGGAGAAACAGUGGAAUUUUCUGGGCACUCCUACAGUCUAGUUUGUUCUUUGGAAAUCUGUACAUAUAUUUUGCCUGGCAAGGGAAAACUCAAAUAUCAGAGAGUGACCGAAGAACAGUGUUUAUUGCCCUAACGGUGAUUAGCCUUGUGGGGACAGUUCUGUUCUUUCUUAUUCGGAAACCAGAUUCUGAAAAUCUCCUAGGAGAAGAUGAAUCUUCUGAUGACCGGGACCUGGAAGUCAAUGAGUCUGCCCAGAACAACAUGACAAAGGCAGUAGAUGCAUUUAAAAAAUCUUUUAAGUUGUGCACCACCAAGGAGAUGCUCCUUCUUAGUAUUACAACUGCUUACACAGGUCUGGAAUUGACUUUCUUCUCUGGUGUAUAUGGAACCUGCAUUGGUGCUACAAACAAGUUUGGAGCAGAAGAGAAGAGCCUUAUCGGGCUUUCUGGCAUCUUCAUUGGCAUUGGUGAAAUUUUAGGUGGAAGCCUCUUUGGCCUGCUGAGCAAGAAUAAUCGCUUUGGCAGAAACCCAGUUGUGCUGUUGGGCAUCCUCGUGCACUUUAUAGCCUUUUACUUAAUAUUUCUUAACAUGCCCCAAGAUGCUCCUAUUGCUCCUGUGGAGGGAACUGACAACAGUGCUUACAUCAAGCCCAGCAAAGAAAUUGCCAUUCUCUGCAGUUUUCUAUUGGGUCUUGGGGACAGCUGCUUCAAUACACAACUGCUUAGUAUUUUAGGCUUUCUCUAUUCUGAAGACAGUGCACCGGCUUUUGCCGUCUUCAAGUUCGUUCAGUCUAUUUGUGCAGCCGUGGCAUUUUUCUACAGCAACUACCUUCUCCUCCACUGGCAACUCCUGGUAAUGGUGAUAUUUGGGUUUUUUGGAACUAUUUCCUUCUUCACUGUGGAGGGGGAAGCUGCCGCCAUUGUUGCCCGGGGCUCGGACUACCGAAGUAUCUGAUGAGUUGCCAGUGAGGGCCAUGCACAUCUUCAGAAAACACGGCUGGCUGCAGAGUUUGGUGGAAGAAACCGUCUUUCAUUUUCACAAUAUACCAGAUCAUGUUCAGUAUGGAAAAUCAAAGAAUUAAGACUGUUAAGUCAGCUAGAGUGGUAUCAAGUUUACAGAUGUGAGCUAUUUAAAACAAGUGAAAUAAGGGAAAGCUCUUUGUCUAUAUGAUUGUUCAAAGAUACUGUUUUACACUUCAUCUAUCUCAAGUUCCUUACAAUCAUGAUAGAAUGCAGAGAUUUUCUUGUCCUCCUGUUCUCAUUGAAAAAUCCUGCCUUGAUUCAAAAUACCUGGCAAUAAGUUAUGUAAAGAUUUUUCCUGG